AUGGUAAACGUAUUCCAGCGCCUUGCCAGACGAGCAACGACCAGUUCCGGUAGUACCGUGCCUGACCCCGGUAUCAAUGGCAAUAAUAUUUCGUCACGAUCGCAUGAUUUGCAUCGAACUACGAGUGGGAAUUCCUGGAAGCGCAAUCGGCGGUCAAUUGUCGACGAACCCUCGCCUCGACAUUUGAUAUUGAUCUCGGAUAAUGCUACUUUCGAUCCGCAUAUUAUCCAGCGCUUUCAAGCCGAGGGGUUUGAUGUGACGUAUCUUGGAUUUUUGUGUACGGAUGAUGCAGAGAAGGAUCGCAAGUCUUUGGAGUUUGCGGUGCAUGAGAAGGAGGAUGAAUUGGAGGCUGGAGAGAGAUAUGCUAUAGUUGCAUACAAUCGACCGGCAUACUACCUGCUCGGCGCUCACCACCUCGCCGCCAGCAAAACCAACCCCUUCCCCCGUCUCUGCGCCCUAAUCGCCUACUACCCACUAACCUCCACCGAACACCUCGCCAACCUAUCAUCAUCCCACAGCCAAGAAUGCUGCACCCCCGCCUGCUCAGACACAAGUUCCAUCUUCGACCCCCGCCCCUCAGAAUCCUACCUCCCAAUCCAAAUCCACCUGCCAGGCCACAACCCAAACUCCCGCACCUUCUGGCCCUGGAUCAGCGUAAGUCCCACCGAGGGCGACGUCUCCUACAAAAAGCGGCACCGCUGUCACGUAUACACCUAUCCCGACGCACGGGCCGGGUUCGCAGAACACAAACCGUCUAAUUACAGUAUCAAGGAUACCGGACCUCACGAUGAUGACCGGAUUGGGUCGCAGUUAGCGUGGAGUCGGGCGUUGGGGUGUUUGCGUCAUGCGUUUGGGGCGGGGAGUAAUUGGCCUGUUGCUGAUAUUGAGACUGUUUGGGAGGAGUAUUGGGUAAGGUUGAUGGGGGAUUUGGAUGGGGUUAGGAGUGAGGGGUGGAAGAAGGGUGCUGCUGGGUCCGCGGUGGAGGUUGUGUUGAGACCGGGGAAUGAUCGGAUUUGUCAAGGCGGGGGCAUGAAUAUGCAUGAUGAGCAGAAUGCGAAGGUUGUUUGUGCGCCUACGAAGGCUGGAGGAUCUACUCCGGAGGACCUAAGGACUUUCUUUGCAGACGUCUUUAUACCCGCUGGUCCACCGAGUCAGCAUAUUCGUCUUUUAUCACGAACAGUUGGUGCUGAUCGGAUUGUGGACGAAAUUCUAUUCACGUUCUGCCAUAGCAAGGAAGUACCGUGGUUACUUCCUCGUGUACCACCGACGAAUCGUGAUAUCCAGGUGGUUCUCGUGGUUGUGGCUAGCUUCUUUGCGGAUCGUAUUGUCCAUCAGAGCUUGUAUUGGGACCAAGCGGAUGUUCUUGUGCAGGCGGGACUAUUGGAUGCAGACCUUGUGCCGAAGAUGAAUACAGGAAAGUAA